AUUCUUUUCACGUGGAAACAGCAGAUAAACGCGAUUCUUCGAACGCUCAACGUAUCGCAUUGGGCACCGACUGCUUAAAUUCUUGAAAGGAUGGUUUAAAGAUGGAGGGCGUGUACGUGACGUUAUUCGUGUGCUAUGCCAGCUACACGUAUAACAGGAAGAGCGUAAGCUUCGUGACGCCAAGUCUCAUUGAAGAAGGCUUGGAUGCGAGCCAUGCCGGAUUGAUCAUCAGCUGCCAGAAUGCAGCUUUUGCGAUCAGCAAAUUCCUAGCCGGAGUGUUGUCAGAUCGCACCAACCCUCGUCUCCUGUUCACGUCGGGUCUCCUUCUGAGCGGAUUCACCACUCUGCUGUUCUCGUCGAGCUCCUCCGUGGGCGUCUUCUGUGCACUUUGGUUUGCAAAUGGUUUGGCCCAGGGAUGUGGAUGGCCCUCUUGUGUGAAAUUCAUUCGACAACGAGCUUCCCCUUCUCAGUUGGGGAGGCUCUGGAGUCUCCUGUCUUCUGGCAACAAUCUGUCCGGCUGCCUCUCACCUAUCCUCUCCGCUUACCUGGUUACUCAUUACGGCUGGAGGACAAGCGUCAGCGCUGCAGGUGUCACGUCUCUCAUUUUGGGAUCUUUCAGUCUUGUGGCUCUUGACGACGCUGAGCAAUCAAAGCAAAAACUCUCGAAUGAAAAUAAGAAACACGAUCAAAAACUUUCAGGUAAUUCGGUUGGUUCAAAAAACUUUGCAGACUUGUUAAGAGAUCCUUUCUUAUGGUUAAUAUCGGCUGGAUUCCUGGUUGUCUUUUGCACCAAGACCACUUUGGUGGACUGGGGGCAGCUGUUCCUCAUAGAAGAACGCCGAUUAACGCAAAGAGAAGGGAGUGCUUUUACCAGCAGUGUGGAGAGUGGAGGCCUAUUCGGCCGGAUCGCAGCCGGAUAUUUGACAGACUAUCUCAUCAAAAAGCUGGGAGAGAAGCCAGAUCCAGUGACAAGAUCCCGUACUCGUUUGCAUGUGGCGAUGAUUUUCAUGCUGUUAUCUAUUGCCACUUUAUAUGCCUUGCAUUCAACAGUAAAGGAGUCUUCUUCAUUGGUUUGGAUCUUGUUGUUAGGGUUCGUGCUGGGCUCCUGCGUGUACGGACCGAUCACGAUUUUUGGGAUCGUUUCCACAGAAUCUGCUCCCUCCCACCUCAGUGGAAGCUCCAAUGCAAUAGCAUCGCUUGCAGGAAACGUUGGCGCAAUGAUUUCUGGUUUCCCUUUUUGCUACGUGGCCAAGAUACACGGCUGGACAACAGUUUUUUUCAUCCUGGAAGUGGCAAUGAGUACGGUGCUGUGUGUGAUGACAAUUAGCUGGAAUCGUCAUCCAAAGACGUCCAUAAAAUCGAAGAAAGAUUGAAAAAGACAUCGAAUCUGUUUUUAAAUCGUUUUAUUUAUAUUUCUAUAUUUUACUUUAAUAUAAUAAAGCUAUAUGAAACUAUUUUUAAGUACAA